AAAAACUAAGAAAUGCACUAAUUUGGCAGCACUGUCAUAAUUUCGUUUCCUCUUGCUCUCUCUCAUUCUGAUUGGUUAGGUGGAAAACGUCAGAGAUGCUAUAAAUAGUAUAUAAAAAAACUUAAUCCUAAAAAAAAACUUGUGUCAAAAUGAAAAUCAUUUUAGAAAAACUAUGAGAAAAUAUUUUUAAUAUGCAAACAUCAAGUGUAGCUGUCGCCAAUAACAACAAUAUUAUAUAAAAUUAGGAAAAUCAAAGUAUAAACAGAAAAUGUACACGGUAACAUCGGAAAUUUAUAAGGAGACAAAUUUUAAACCCACUAAAGGUGAAGAUGGUAAAAUUGUUUCAAAAUUUGAAUUUAAAUAUCCCGACAGCUGUGGUGUAACGGUUGACGACGAUGGCGAUCUAGUGGUACCCAGACGAAAAAGUGACAUUGAACAUGAAAAUGGUGUUAUUGAAAUACAACAUUCCGAGGCCACCGAAAUACGUUUAGUUGGUCUACAAGUAUGGAGGGGUGCUCUACUAUUAGCCGAUUAUAUAUUUAAUCAGCGUAACGAGUUUAAAGAUAAGCAAAUUUUGGAAUUGGGUGCUGGCGUGGGUUUGACAAGUAUUGCAGCUGGCAAAUAUGUUAAUAAAGUUGUUUGUACCGAUGUUGACAUCGGAGGUAUUUUAGAUUUAAUACGUGCCAAUGUUAAAAGAAAUGAAAAAUUUUGUGGAUCUAAUAAAAUAGAGGUGCUGGAGUAUGAUUUUAUGCUGGAUAGAGCGAACUAUAGCCAAGAGCUUUUGAAGGCUAUAGAUGAGAGUGAUGUUGUAGUGGCAGCUGAUGUGAUAUAUGAUGAUGACUUAACAAAAGCCUUUAUUAAUGUAAUGGAUGCGAUUUUUUCCAGAGAAAAAGUAAGCCAUAAGAAAAAAGAAAUAUACGUGGCUUUGGAAAAGCGUUAUGUCUUUACAACUUCCGAAUGUGAUGCAGUUGCUCCGAUGUUCGAACAUUUCCUCAAGUUAACUAUGCCCAAACCUUGGAGAUUUGUAUAUGUUCAAACUGAUUUUCCACAAUACUUUAAAUAUGAAAGAUGUAAACAUUUGGUGCUACUAAAAGUUACAAGUUCUUAAAAAAACAAUUAGAAAAAUAAAUAAUUUAUUUUUAUAUAAAAAAAUUUAAAAACUUCUCUUUGUAGUGUAUAAAUGUUAAUUAUAAAUAUUAUAUCGCUAAGUUAAAUACUACUUAUUUACUUUAUUUGUUGCAUGUGUAAAAUUAUUGCCACCACCCUAGGAUUACUUUCGUCAUUUAUAUUCGAGUUGUUGUUACAGGUCUUGCAUGGCCAAUAUGAUAUUUUCCAAAGCAGUUCUUGCAUCAUUAGCUGGAAAACUUUGCAAAACACGCAAAGCUGCUGUGGUAUGUUUCUGCUGUAACUCUUUGGUCUUUUCUAAGCCGGGACCCUCUAGUAUAGCCUUGUGUAUUUUAACGUAGUCUACAUUUUCUACCGACACUUUACCCUUUUCAAUUUCAUCAUACAACUUGGGAUCAUAUUCCAGAUGGAAGAGUACGGGAGCACUUACCAAACUAAAAGUGGUGUC